CACCCGAACAGUAAACCAUCGGCCGUUCAAGAGUGAGUAUAGUUUUGAAAAUGUUGCUUCGUGAGUUUACGCUUUUUUGCUUCUGCGUGAUUUUGAAUUUGGUAUUUGCUCAAAACAGCGGAAACCAAGGAUAUUGGAACAAUCAAAACUCAGCGAAUGGGUACCCUGUCAGAGCAUAUAAUUACAAAGGUCAAACGACCGAGCCAUACAAGGAAGCGGCACCUGAGAAUUUCCCCGAUAACGGAAAUCAUUCCCCACUAAGCUCAGAAGCUCAACCUCUACUUCAAAGCAGUUCUACAUCUUCUGGAUUUGAAGAUAAUAACACAACUCCAACAGCUUCAAAUGCAGUAACCCAGUCUUCGCGUGGAGGAAAAGCCCACAAUACACCGCUUAGAUCAUUCGUUAAAUCCCCAGGAACUGGCAACCCACAGAGUAGUCAAACAACUUAUCGACAAAAAAAAUUUGACCAUGUUUGUUCUAUUGAGACUGAAAAUUACGACUGUCAAUUUAAGGAUGUCAUACUAAGACAAGGGCAGCGUAAAAGUUUUGGUCCUGAGUCCAGUGAUAGAAGACGUUUGACUUUUCACAACUCUACCCUGGAAUACCUACCAAAAUCACUAAUAGACGCCUUUCCAAGCAUGGAGCUACUGAAUAUCGAAGAACUACACAUCAAAGCUGUUGAACCAAAUGCAUUUCAAAACGCAGCUAAUUUGCUUGAGCUAUAUAUGGGAAAAAAUUUGCUUACAGCGAUUUCCAGUGAUACUUUCUUUACAACCACCAAUCUAAAAUACCUCGAUUUAUCGGAGAAUAAUAUUGAAUCGUUACCACCCAAAAUUCUUAACACAGCACGAAUUCUAGAAGCGUAUAACAUAAAUUCAAAUCGAAUAACGGAAUUGCCAGAAAACUUGUAUCAUAACAAACUGAAACAAAUUAUGGCGAGCGGAAACCUCAUACGUACAAUCAGAGAUGAUCAUUUCUAUGGCACUCCACAACUAAUCCACCUUGAUUUGUCUCGUAACGAACUAAACUAUUUCAAUUUGCAGCAGCUCAACGAUAAUCAGCAUCUUUCAGUGGUAAAUGUAAACCACAACCACCUCAGCUCGCUCUAUGUUCCGCGAUAUGUGAGAACACUUCUUGCAAAAAAUAAUUCAAUUGAAACAGUUGAAACUGAGCACUGCCUCGCGGAGGAAAUCGACCUGCAAUCGAACAAAAUCGAAAACGAAGUAUUUCUCAUGAACUGCAACAACCUUAGAAAAAUAGAUCUGUCACACAAUCUGCUACAAAGCUUCAAAUUCAAUGUUAUUGGAAAAAUGCAUCAACUAGAAUAUUUAAGUUUAGCACACAAUUAUUUGUUCGAAAUCGAUGGAAGCGGUGGGAAUUCAGUUUUAAAUUUACGUACGUUGGACCUUUCCUAUAAUCAUCUUAGUUACGGUCCUGCCAUGAGAAUCAAUGCUGAAGAAUUGCAUCUUGAAAAUAAUCAACUUGUUGAUUUUAACUUCAAAUCGUUCAAAAGCUUGCAAAAGCUAGGUGCUGCAAAUAAUAAGUGGAAUUGCAAAAUUCUAGAAUUACAAUCAAGACCGACUAUUUUGGAUCAUCAAGAUAGUUGUGAGAAAAAUUUCAUCGCUUCCAACGGCAUUUGUUGUAAACAUUACUCAAAGGCAUUCAUUGAGCGCUUGAUUGAAGUUUCCGAAGCAGCUUUAUGGCAGGAAAAGUUCACCAAACGGCAACACUCACAAAUUUGUCGUUCAGAAGCAACCCGCGACUUAAGACUAUUGAAUACUGAUAAACUUCUGUCUGAAACAGCUGCUGGAGAUAGUUCUAACAAAAAUCUCAUCAAUGAGUUGAACAAUAUUAGCAACAGGUACGAAGAGGUCAAACGAGAAGCAGAAACAUCGAAACAACGGCAAAAAGAGUUGACUUCAAGGCAAAAGCAACUAGCAGAAGAAAUCGAGCGCCAAAGACAUUUCUAUGCGGUGAUCAGGGAAGGUUUGAUAAGCAACCAAGAAAAGCUUAGCAGAGUGCUGCAGUUCGUUAAAAGGAGGGAAACUUUCAAUGCAGGCUCGGUAGAAUCACACAGACAGGAAACUGCUACAACGACGGAAGAGUUGAAGCUUAAGAAAGAAGAGAAAGAAAACUUGGACUCGCAAAUCAUUAAACUAAAAGAAGAUCUGACAAGUCUUAAAACAACAGAGAAGGAAACGAAAACAAGAAAAGACAAACUGGAGAGAGACGCAAAUCGCAAUGCCCAAAGCGUCCACGGUUCAACCGGACGAGUAUCAUGAAUAGCAGUGGUAGCAACGAUCUAACACUCAAAACAAACCGCAACCGUAAUUAUAUUUUUUAACACAAUAUAAGGUACAUAUUUGCUGAUAAAAAGUAAAAAUUUGUACAAUAAAAUGUCAAAUAUAUGAUAAACAUUCGAUGAA